UUCCCGCUCAUAGAGCGAGGAAAUACGCCUGUUUAGGAAGAUAGCCCCCUUCAGAUGGACACUACAAAGAGCAAGAGCGCUGCUGAUGAAGUCACAGAGGAGUUGUUGCCCAGCGGGAUGAGAGACUCGUUUGAGAUUGAGGAUGUGCUGCCUUCAGCAAGCGAUUUCCAUAUUGACAGGAAGUUUGCCCUAACGCUGUUUGUGAUAUGGACUGGGAACUUCCUGUGCUCUGUGGACGGGACCAUUGUGAGCACCACGAUGUCAAACAUUGCAUCUGAGUUCGGACAGAGCGAUAUGGUGAGCUGGAUUGCAACUUCGUAUCUGCUGACGAGUACUGCCUUCCAGCCUCUUUACGGGAAAACGUCCGAUAUACUGGGUCGAAAGACGCUGUUGCUGUUUGCACAGUGUGUGUUCACCCUUGGAACACUGCUGAGUGCACUUGCAACCAAUGUUGAGACGUUGUCUAUUGCAAGGGCAGUUUCAGGGAUGGGAGGUGCUGGAAUCUAUGCUUUGGCAAGCAUAAUAAUCACGGACGUUGUUCCUCUGAGUAAAAGAUCUAUAUUUGUGGGCUAUGGAACCAUCAUAGGCUCCACUGCACAGAUGCUGGGUGCACCACUAGGCGGUAUCUGCAUCGUCACCAUUGGAUGGAGAUGGAUGUUUCUCGUCCAGGUGCCCUUUCUUCUGGUUUGUAUCGUAUUACUAGCGUGGAAAGUUGAAGUUAGAGUGGAACAUAUACCUGAAGGUGAAGAAAGAUUCUCACGGGAAAAUCUACAGAGGAUAGAUAUCGGUGGUAUAGUAACUCUAAACCUGGCAGUUUCCAGUAUCAUCUUUCUAUUUGCAGAGAAUGAAUCAUCUUCGAUGGCCUAUAGGGUUUGUUUCUCCAUGCUACUCGUCUUGUCAACAAUCGGUUACUUCCUCAUUGAGAAGUACGUUGCAGUUGAAAAGAUUAUAGACCCAGAGUUAGUAAAGGGUCAAAUAGGAGUUGUGGGAUUUACCAGCGGAAUAAGUUCAUUGGGACUAUACAUGGUGCUGUUCAUAACACCUGUUUAUUUGCAACAAGUCCAAGGAGUUUCUGUGACCAGAAUAGGCAUAUACACAACGUUCUUCGUCAUCAGCACUGCCAUAGGCUCAUUGGUUGCAGGUUAUAUCAUCCGGAAACACGAUAAGAGCGAUGUACACACUAUAGUUGGAUCUAUAAACACUUCGACAGUGUUCUUUGCUUUUCAAACCUUUGGGUUUGCCAUUCUUACACUUUUGGUCUCCCUCGUUGAGCCUGAGACAAAAGGCUUAGCAUGGAGAGUCGUCUAUGUGUUCGGGUUGGUGCUUGCAGGAUUUGGAUCUGGAGGCUAUAACGUUGGAACAGUGAUAUUCAUCAUUGGCAAAGUCGGGAAAAGGGUGCAGGCAAGUGCCAAUACCUUAUGCUCAUUGAUCAGACAACUAGGGAGCGUCAUCGGGGUAUCCCUAUCGUUGUCCUCGUACUCUAGAUCAGUAGCGUAUGGAUUACGUAGGUUCUUCAAAGGGCCCGAUGAACACUACGUGGAUAAGCUGGUUGGAGACUCCACUUUCCUCAAAGACGGCCUACCAGAGCAGUACGUCAAAGACGUCCUGCACAUCUACAAGAGGGCAAUUGCAAGCACGUUUAUCCCAUCAUUUGCCCUGAUAGUGAUAGGAUUAGUUGUCAUGCUAUUCUUGAACAGAAGGGUUACACACGCACACGCACACCAGUUAUGAACCCUGCCCACUGCCCGGGACUUGUCGAGCAGGUGGCUCACCAUGUACCACAGGGCCAAGACACGGCCAUGUGGUGUGCACUGUGUGUCUUUUGUUCAUUAACAGCACGAUGUCAGACACGUUGGACUUGGGUCUGAACAGGGUACCCAUGGGAUGAUUACAUACUACAAACAUCACAUAUUCACAUCAUAUUCACAUUCUAU